CCUGGGCUUGUCCGCUCCAGCCUGGCCAACAUCCCGCUGACUCCAGAAACGCAGAGGGACCAGGAGCGACGGAUACGCAGGGAGAUCGCUAACAGCAAUGAGCGACGGCGCAUGCAGAGCAUCAAUGCAGGAUUUCAGUCGCUGAAAACUCUCAUCCCUCACACCGACGGGGAGAAGCUCAGCAAGGCAGCGAUCCUUCAGCAGACGGCGGAGUACAUUUUUUCUCUGGAGCAGGAGAAGACGCGCCUGCUGCAGCAGAACGCUCAGCUCAAGCGGUUCAUCCAGGAGUUCAGCGGCUCCUCCCCAAAGCGGCGGAGAGCGGAGGACAAGGACGAAGGUAUCGGGUCCCCGGACAUUUGGGAGGACGAGAAGGCCGAGGACCUGCGCCGGGAGAUGAUCGAGCUCCGGCAGCAACUGGACAAGGAGCGCUCGGUCCGGAUGAUGCUGGAGGAGCAGGUGCGCUCUUUGGAGGCCCACUUGUACCCGGAGAAGCUGAAGGUGAUUGCCCAACAGGUGCAGCUCCAGCAGCAGGAACAGCUCCUACCUGCACAUGGCCCCCCGGCACCCACCCAGCACCCGACUGUGAUUGUGCCUGCACCACCUCCGCCUUCCCACCACGUCACUGUGGUAACCAUGGGUCCGUCCUCUGUGAUCAACACUAUCUCGACGUCCAGGCAGAACCUGGACACGAUCGUCCAGGCGAUCCAGCACAUCGAGGGGACUCAGGAAAAGCAGCUGCUCGAGGAGGAAGAGCAGCGCCGGCGCGCAGUCAUUGUGACCCCUGCCCGGGCCAGCCUGGAUCCGUCCAACUCGGACACAGCCUCUGACCUGGAGGCGGAGGACGACGAUUCCGUGGAGCACAGCAAGGCCAAGAAGCCCUGACCCCUGCCUGGCAGCGGGAGGGCAAGCAGGGUGGGGGCAAGGGGACUUCAGGAAAUACGCUGAAAUUUUUACAAAAUACCACAACGUUUGGGUCUCUUUUGUGACCUUUCAAUACUGUAAGUGGGAGCGAUAGGGUGGGGACAAGCUGGAAGUCAGGCUCUUCAGUGCAAAGCAGCUGGGAGGUUGGCAGGGCGCAAGCAGCUGGGCUCUCCGGGGCUCGCCCCCCAUGGGGCGUGGCAGGGGCCAGUGCUGGCUCCCCGGCUCAAAGGAUGGAUUUUCUCUGGCGCCUCUGGCUGCGGGUCGUUCAAGGUGGCCUCGCCCUCCUCUAGUGGCGGGCUGCCCCAGCCUUGCCUCCCGGCCGCUUGAGGUGUGAGGGACCCACCUGGGGCCCUCUAAGCGCUCCGGGUGGCAGUGGGUCUCUGGGCCGUCUCUGCCUCGCCAGCCCUCCACACAAGCCCCUCGGAGAGGGAGGCCCCCAGGUCCCCUCUGUCCUCUGGGGCUGGUUCAGGUUUGGGGCUUUCUUUACGGCCCAGGAGGGAGGCCUGCUCAGCAUGGACCCUGGGGCCUCUCCUCGGGGGUGGUUUCGUUCUUUGAAGCACUUAAAUCCGUCCCGUGGGUCGGCUGGGCCCGCGAAGAGGCGGUGGCUGUUGUCGCGUUCUGCGCCUCCCCAUCCCCUGCCAUUUUGGACAGAGGUCUUGGCCAGGGUUGUUUCGGCCGGUUGGUUUUGGUAGGCUCCCCCCCCGCCACAGCUGUUCCUUUGUUCUUUCAUAAUUUUUAUAUGGUUUUUUUUUGUCCUUUUUUUUUUUACAAGUUUUGGGUCUUUGUGUUCAUUGAGAU